UGGCGUACGAGCUGUUGGCGGGGUGUGCGGGAUGUUUGCGGUGUGCAAACAGCUGUUGGUUGAAAGCUAGCUGAGGUGACAUGGCUCUGCUACGACUGAGGAACACAAAGGGCCCGAAUGCAGCAGAGAUAGAAAGAAAAAUUAAAAGGGGAAAUGCCCUGAGGCAGGGGUCUUCGUGGCGGGGCUCCCGGGGGCUCCUGGCCUUGCUGCUGGUUGCUCUGUGUGCUAGUACAGUUGCCGCCUGGCUCUACCUGGCUUCCUUGGACGGUGACAUCACAGAAACUCUGGCCAGUCGGAGGGAAAUGAUCUUGCCUCAGCCCAGGGUCUACAGCGUCCAAUGCUCAGAGGACUACGAGAACUACAAGCGCUACCCAGGUUGCACCCCUCAGAAGUGUGGCCGAGCCGUCGCGGACGGCGUGGUGACGAGCGAAGAGGCUCAGGCCCUGCGGAGGCUGGCUGAGAGGGGGCUGGCGCUGGCCGGGUCCGAGGGAGGGGCCUCCAUACUGGACCUUCACUCUGGAGCGCUGUCCAUGGGGAAACAGUUUGUCAAUAUAUACAGGUAUUUUGGGGAACAGGUAGCAGAUGUCUUCACAGAAGAGGAUUUCAAGCUUUACAGAGAUGUGCGGGGCCGGAUCCAGGCCGUCAUUGCCGAGACGUUUGGCUUGGACCGAACCCUGAUGUACCUCACCAAGCCCACCUUCUUCUCCAGAAUCAACAGCACCGCAGCCAAGACGCAGCAUGACGAGUACUGGCACCCGCACAUCGAUAAGGAGACGUAUGGCUCUUUUGACUACACAUCUCUCCUGUACCUGUCUGACUACGGCUCAGACUUCACCGGCGGACGAUUUGUCUUCAUGGACCAAAAUGGCAAUCGGACUGUGGAACCCCGGGCAGGACGAGUGUCUUUCUUCUCCUCCGGAUCGGAGAACCUCCACCGCGUGGAGAAGGUAACAUGGGGGACACGCUACGCCAUCACCGUCUCCUUCACUUGUAACCCCAGUCACGCCAUCUCCGACCCCUCCCUGCCCUGAGGCGUCGCCGCGGACGACGGCGCCGCGUCCAGUGCCGCUCGGACGAGCCCUGCAACAAAGAUGGAGACGAAGAAAGUGAACAAGAGGGGGAAAAAAACAAAACGUUUUUAUUUCAGGCGUACAGGCUGCGAUCGAGAAACCUGGCCGGCCGCUGUUUCGAACACGAGCUGUUGGAGGAGAGCCACAAGGAAGCUGAACUUCAGAUUGGUAGAUUUACCGCAGCAGAAAUUCUUUCUUGGAAACGUCAAUUUUUUUUACCGAAGGGAAAAGACUCUGGUUGUUUGGACGCAACGGCGCUCAAGCUGGGAUUCCACGGCACAAAUGUUUUUCCAUCGUUCCACCACUGACGAGUGUCCGAGUCCUCCGAAUGUUUCCAGGCGGAGCUUUUGCAAAAUGUAGCUCCACAUUUUCAUAUUGUGUCAAAGCACCAACUUUCAAAUUUCACACUAAGACUCUUUCUUCAGCAAGACACUUCUUUAUCAUUUCAGACAUUUGUAAUUCUGAUGCGAUACCGAUAUCGCAGCUUUGAGUAUUGGCCGAUACCGAUACUGUACCCGACACGACAUCAGCACAAAUCAUAAAUACUUGUAUUUAAUUUGUCAUGUGGUAUGUUAUGAAAAGCUUGACCAAAAACAGAAAAACAAUCAAUUUCUCAAACAGAAAACAAUAGUUAACAAUAAUAUGUAUGAGAAGAACUGAUCCCUAAACCAAAGCGUUUGGGAUACAAAGUGCUGCUGGAGAGGAGUGCUUCUAUCAGAGAUUUUAGAUGCAGGUCGAUAUAAUCCAAUACUCAUUUUCUGUAUGCUGUCAGACUGAUUUCCGAUAAGAAUAUCAGCUCAGUACACCCCUAAUAAUCAAAUGUUUUUCUUUGGAUACCCAGUACUUGGUAAUGACGGCUUUUUAUCGCUUGUGUUUCUGGUUCCUGUGUGUCAGGAUGGAAAUUUCUGUCCUCUGGUUCCUUCUGUUCUCUGGUUUUGUCACAUUUUCACAUUUCACAAAACAAAAUUUAAUAUCAGGCAGAUAACCUGUGUAAAUACAAUAAGACGUUUUCAAAUAUUUUCAGUGGAAACCGACUUUGCAACUUGUGAUGUGUUUACAGUAGAUGGAUUUUGGCCCCAAACUUUGUUGCAGAAUUUUUUAACUUGGCCAAACCGGAGGAUUGAACAAGUCAUCACCUGAAAACUGUGAUGACGAUAUCUUUGUUUUAUACAACAAACUGUUUAAUCAACACAUGUAAAGGAAAAAUCGAGAGCAGUUGCUGUUUUCUCCUCCGAGUACGUCUUCCGAUGGUUCUGGUUGUUCUCGCUUCAGUCAAGUUGUUUGGGUUCAUGGAUGUCUCUGAUCAUUCGGGACUUUUUGAACGUUCUGCUCAAAAUGCAACUGGGUUACAGAUGCAAAUCUUGACAGACUCUCAGGGUCGCGUUGCUCUUUCUCCUCAUGCCAAGGUUUUUGUUGUGUUUUGGGUUUUUUUCUCGUUUGCUUGAACUUCGAGAACUCCAUGUGCCAAUGCCUCGUUUUAGCACACAGAUGUAAUGUCCUGUUCUCUUUCAGCAAUUAUGAAGCCAUAAGACCUGAGUGAACACUUUGUAUUUAUAAAAAUCAGCCAAGAUUACACGCGCGUAUACCUCCAUUCUUAUCCGCACCUUGGGAGCCACUCGAGGAAAUUGCUUGAUUGAUGAUCAGUGUGAGAAGUCAUCUUCCUUGCCUUUCUUAUUUCCCCACACAGCUGCUGCAGCCAAUCCUUUGUUUCUGUUCCCUUUUUAUUCUUAAUGGAUUGUGUGGAUUGCUUUUAGAGUCGCUCAUUGAAACUCUAUUUCGCUUUGAUGACGUCUGUCAAAGUUCUAUGCGUACGCUUUCCGAGCGCAGGUUUUUUACUCACUCCUGAGUGUUUAGAAACUCGCUUCAGCUCAGACCUUUCAAAAGCGAUUGCGGUUUGCUCGCUCGUGUGUUGCGUCUCGUUUUGCAAAUGCGAGAUUUGCAAGAGAAUACCUCCCGAGUUAUAGUUGUAUGAAUAACAACAAUUACUGUAUGUGAACCCAUUUGAAGACUAAAAGCUAUAAGCAUAGAACUUAUCACUGCUUUGCUGCAAAUGCAAUUCAACACGAAAGUUUGGACAAAACCUAUGAGUUUAUUAGACGUGCCUCCGCUUAUGAAGUUUGAACUGAUUGUGCCUAAGUUGUAAUGUCUGAGCUGCUGUGAUAUGUCAUGUUAUUGUUUUGUUGCUAAAGACCAUGGCGGUCACUUCCUGUUACGCAGCUGAACAGAAUGCAGGGAUCAGUGGAUGCCAUUCGAAGUCCAUUAAUGGCAAAACAAAAGUUUUCCACUUUGUUUUGAGAAUACAAAAUUCGCACUACAGUUGCUUUAUUCCCAUUCUGAACUUUUCUACAGAAAUGAGUUGGCUUGCUGUGUUCUCAAACAAUAAGAAGAUAUGUUAGCAGUGCCAAAAAGUUGAACAGAUCAACAUGCUGUGGACAUUUUUAAAUGAACUUUAAUUGUCUCGUACAACAUCUCAGUCCAAAGCAGCAAUACUUUGGAAUACUGCAACACUGCAUUCUGUUCUGAGGAGGAUUGAGCUGAUCAGCUGCGGCGGGUUUCAUUUGCAUAAGCUCGAUUUUUGCACCUUAUGGUUCAAACGCACACGACGAUUGUGUAGCGAUUUCAAAGGGGAAGGAAUACCGCAGUCGAAUCUAAAUAUUUCACCAAAGUCAAGUUCACAAGCUCAGGUAAUACAAGCCCUUAAAUAGCUGUCAUGUUCAAAGUCGCUCUUAAACUUCUCAACGCAAGUUUCCUAAGCUUUUCUGGCGUAGCAUCGUAUGAACUGAUAUGUCUGGUACUAGGAAGGUUUGGACCUUCCUUCUCAUGACUUAUCAUUAUUGUCUGCAUCAAUGACUGUGCUGGUACAACUUCAGGAAAAAAAAAAGAGCACCUUCAGAUGUUGAGCAUACCGUAGAGAGCAGCUU